GGUUUAAUAUUAUUCGGUUGGAUUCAUCAUAUUUAGAUCAAACCGACCAGAGCAGUCUUCUUCGGCUGACGGCGAACAAUUUUCCUCUCCGCCUGGAAAAUUUUGGAGCUCCCCGUUUGUGAAUAUCGGUCGAGAGAUUCGUGCCAUUCGAAAUUGAACCUGAGUUUCACCUAAGAAGUUCCUCAAGUUUGAAAUUCGUUUAGGUUUCAUAAGAAAUGAAGCAUUCGAAGGAUCCGUUUGAAGCAGCAAUUGAGGAGGAGCAAGAGGAAUCGCCGCCGGAAUCACCCGUUAGUGGCGGCGGAGGCGGAGGCGAUGGUAGUGACGAGGGCCGAAACGAAAUCGACCAGACUCCGGAAGAAGAUGAGAGAGAUGUGGGAGUUCGCCGUCAGCCGAAGAAGCCUAAAACCUCGGUUGUCGCUGAAGCGAAGAACAAAGAUGAUGACGAAGAAGAAGAGGAAGAGAAUAUGGAAGUUGAGCUAACCAAAUACCCAACUACUGCUGAUCCUGCUAAGAUGGCCAAAAUGCAGAUCAUUCUAUCGCAGUUCACUGAGGAUCAGAUGAGCAGAUAUGAAUCUUUCAGGAGAUCUGCUCUGCAAAAAGGGAGCAUGAGGAAGUUGUUAAUAGGAGUCACAGGGAGCCAGAAGAUAAGUUUGCCAAUAAUAAUCGUUACUUGUGGUAUCGCAAAGAUGUUUGUUGGUGAACUCGUGGAAACAGCUCGAGUUGUUAUGGGGGAAAGGAAAGAAUCAGGACCUAUCAGACCUUGCCAUAUCAGAGAGUCCUAUCGAAGACUAAAGCUCGAAGCGUCACGAUCGGAAUUGGGUCUAUUGUCAAAUUGGCACGGAGACGUUUUUGAUCACACGUUCACGUUGGCGGCGAAAGCCGAAAGGGAGUAUCAGAGGGUAAGCCCAGAUUGUCUUCCCCUUACAAAUGGAGGCAAAAAGCCGUACUUGAGACCUUCACCUUCAAGAGCAUCAAACGAAGACACCACCGUCAUUACCACGACCUCGAUCAUCGCCGGAAGAGGAUUUAACGGCGGAUCAUACACCACAACAAGCUCAUCUCUAGACGGAGCAUCCAAAGGAUUCCGAUUCAGAUCCACCUUAAAACAACAACAAGAAGAAGAUCCUAGCCCUAGCCGGCGCGGCGGAGAUGUGCUGUUGCAGUGGGGUCAGCGAAAACGAUCGAGAAUCUCGAGAGCGGAGAUCCGAUCGUCGACCACCGCCGAUGAAUCUUCGUCUUCUUCAGGACAAGGUAAAAUUCAAUCGAGCAAGCUCUUAAGAAGAUCGGUAAACCCGUCUAUGCCACCUCCUCCGCCGGUUUUCUCCGGCCGGAGUACUAAGCUUAGAAACGGUUUCGUCGGCGGCAAGGAAUUCUUCCUUUCCAGGAAUCUAGAAGAUCGAUCAGCCAACGGAUCACCAUCAAGAAACAUCAACGGUCGUAUGGUGUCCAGAUCGGCCGUUUCAAAGCGAUCUCCACCGUCUCCUGACCAAAUCGAGAAGAGAUCAAGCAUGAGGGAUCAUCAUCAUCAGAACCACCAGAGACAAAACGGGUUCGAUCAUAUUCAUCAACAACAUCAAAGAGUGAACAGAUCAGAAUCGACGGCUCAGGCUCAUCUAGAGCUGGAGACAAACAAUAACAACGGAGAGAGAGAGAAAGCAACACAAGUGGAAGUGGUAGAGUGGCCAAGGAUCUACAUUGCCUUGUCUAGGAAAGAGAAGGAAGAAGAUUUCUUGGUUAUGAAAGGAACAAAGCUUCCUCAUAGACCCAGGAAACGAGCUAAGAACAUUGACAAAUCCCUCCAGUAUUGUUUUCCAGGGAUGUGGUUAUCUGAUUUGACCAAGAACCGUUAUGAAGUUAGGGAGAAGAAAAAUGUGAAGAAGCAGCAGAAACGGAGAGGAUUGAAAGGUAUGGAGGAUUUGGACACUGACUCGGAGUAAAUUCCGGUUCUGUUUUUUUGUCGUUGUUGUGAAUUUCGAUUUCUCUUUUGAGAAAUAAAAGACCUGAGGAGGACGCACGUGUAGCUUGCUUGGGAUGCACGUGCGAAAUGGGGCCAACAAGAAUCAGUGAAGCGAGCUAUCCGAGAAAUCCCCCUAAUUAUUUUUUCUUUUAACCUCUAUCAUAUUUUCUUUCUUUGUUUUUUAUCUUCUUCUUAUUUUGGGCCCCAAAAUUCUUUUUGUUUCGUUUCGUGUUCAAAAAAAAAGGGGUCAUAAAUAUAAUUCCCCAUAUUAGUUAUUAAAUCAAAAAUGAAAAAUGCGUUCGCUCUCUCUAUUUUUCACAAUUAUUUUGGCUCAUUUUAUAAUAGAUAAUUUCGAUAUGCAAG